UUUUUUCAAAGCGUCUUCAUUAUUAUUUUAUUUUCUUCUCUGACUUGGACACUUCUCCCUUGGAGAUUUCUUUUCCAUGCAAAGGGGUUCUCGCUUGCGGCUGGCAUGGCAGAGUACGUUCCCCAGCCUCCCUCCACCUGGCCCAUGGGCCCACAGCCUCCUCAUGCCUCUGCUGUCUGCCCACUGGAGCCAGUGGAUCUGGGGGUCUCAGAGCAGCAAACACCGCCAGAGCAGUUGCCGCCCUCUCCAGAGCUGGGUGAGGAUGAGGAAGUCACUUCCCCACCGGAUCCUGAUGUUCCCUACCCCGACUUGGCACCAGUUGUCUUCUUCUGCUUGAAACAGACUACCAGCCCACGGAACUGGUGCAUCAAAAUGGUAUUUGAUGAUUUCAUCUUCAUCUUCUUUGCCAUGGAAAUGGUCUUAAAGAUGGUGGCCUUGGGGAUCUUUGGCAAGAAAUGUUACCUUGGAGAUACUUGGAACCGGCUGGAUUUCUUCAUCGUCAUGGCUGGGAUGGUGGAGUACUCCCUGGAUCUCCAGAACAUUAACUUGUCUGCAAUCCGUACUGUCCGUGUCUUGAGACCCCUGAAAGCUAUCAACCGUGUGCCUAGCAUGCGCAUCCUCGUGAACUUGCUCCUGGACACCUUGCCCAUGCUGGGAAACGUCCUUCUUCUCUGCUUCUUUGUCUUCUUCAUCUUCGGCAUCAUCGGAGUGCAGCUGUGGGCUGGACUGCUCCGCAACCGCUGCUUCAUGGAGGAGAAUUUCACAAUACAAGGUGACAUUGUCCUGCCCCCUUAUUACCAGCCUGAGGAAGAUGAUGAGAUGCCCUUUAUCUGCUCACUGUCAGGAGACAAUGGAAUUAUGGGCUGUCAUGAGAUACCCCCAAUGAAAGAGCGGGGCCAUGAAUGUUGUUUGGACAAGGAUGAUUACUAUUACUACAACUCAGUCCGGCAAGAGUUCAACAUCAGUGGCAUGUGUGUCAACUGGAACCAGUACUACAAUGUGUGCCGUACAGGCAACGCCAACCCACACAAGGGUGCCAUCAACUUUGACAACAUCGGGUAUGCCUGGAUUGUGAUAUUUCAGGUGAUCACACUGGAAGGGUGGGUGGAGAUCAUGUACUAUGUGAUGGAUGCCCAUUCCUUCUACAAUUUUAUCUACUUUAUCUUGCUGAUAAUCGUGGGCUCCUUCUUCAUGAUUAACCUGUGCCUGGUGGUCAUCGCCACACAGUUCUCGGAGACCAAGCAGCGAGAGCACCAGCUGAUGCAGGAGCAGCGGGCCCGGUACCUCUCCUCCAGCACUGUUGCCAGCUACAUGGAGCCAGGAGACUGCUACGAGGAGAUCUUCCAAUACGUCUGCCACAUCAUGCGCAAAGCCAAGCGCCGCACCCUCGGGCUGUACAACAGCAUACAGAGCCGGCGCCAGGGCCACGUGGGGCCGAGCGAUGCCAAGCGAGGCGUGAGCCAGAAGAGCCAGAGGCGUUACAGGCUUUGCCAGCAGCACAACUCUCUUAACUGCCCUCCUCAGGGCUUGGUCCAGCCCAUUGCUGUGACAGCAACCUCUGAUCCCACCAACUGCCCCCGAUGCCGUAGGGGCGAGCAAGAAGCUUCCCGAAGGCUCUCUGUCCUGGGUAGUGCUGACUCAGACCAGGUGGAUGGAGGAACCAGUGAAGAGGAGGGAGAGGACAGCAGAGAGGACCAGGAUGCCUCAGCACUGGAGAAGGAGGAGGAGGAGGUGGAAGAAGGCGGACGGCUGAAGCUCUGCAGUGAUAUGUGGCGAGAAGUGAGGGUCAAGCUUCGAGGGAUUGUGGACAGCAAAUACUUCAACCGUGGGAUCAUGAUUGCAAUCCUAGUGAACACUAUCAGCAUGGGCAUCGAGCACCAUGAGCAGCCAGAGGAAUUGACCAACAUCUUGGAGAUCAGCAACGUUGUCUUUACAAGCAUGUUUGCCCUGGAGAUGAUCCUGAAACUUGCUGCUUUUGGUCUCUUCGAUUACCUCCGCAACCCCUACAACAUCUUUGACAGUAUCAUCGUCAUCAUCAGCAUCUGGGAGAUCAUUGGCCAGGCGGACGGGGGCCUCUCCGUGCUGAGGACUUUCCGUCUCCUGCGGGUGCUGAAGCUGGUGCGAUUCAUGCCUGCGCUGCGCCGCCAGCUUGUGGUGCUGAUGAAGACCAUGGACAACGUAGCCACCUUCUGCAUGCUCCUCAUGCUCUUCAUCUUUAUAUUCAGCAUCCUGGGAAUGCACAUCUUUGGUUGCAAGUUUAGCCUCAGGACAGACACAGGAGAUACGGUUCCUGACCGGAAGAAUUUUGACUCCCUGCUGUGGGCCAUUGUCACUGUCUUCCAGAUCCUAACCCAGGAGGACUGGAAUGUUGUGCUCUAUAAUGGCAUGGCCUCUACCUCACCAUGGGCUUCCCUCUACUUUGUGGCUCUCAUGACGUUUGGCAAUUAUGUGCUCUUCAAUCUGCUGGUGGCCAUUCUCGUGGAGGGGUUCCAGGCUGAGGGUGAUGCCAACCGUUCAUACUCAGAUGAAGAUCAGAGUUCAUCAAACAUGGAGGAGUUAGAUCAGUUCCAAGAGGUCCAGGAAGGCUCAGAUCCCAAGCUCUGUGCAAUUCCUGUGACACCUAAUGGACACCUGGACCCAUCCUUGCCUUCUUCAAACCCACCAGUGGCUGCUGGGGGAGUCACCAACUCUUCUCGCAAUUCCUUGCAGCCUGACCAGAUCCGUGUUACUGUUGGCUCGAGGAAGAGUAGUGUCAUGUCCCUGGGCAGAAUGACCUAUGACCAGCGCUCCUUGUCCAGCUCCCGCAGUUCCCACUAUGGUGCCUGGAGCCGCAGCGGGGCCUGGGGCAGCCGCCGCUCCAGCUGGAACAGCCUGGCCCGGGGACACAGCCUGAAGCACAAACCUCCCUCUGCUGAGCAUGAAUCCCUCCUGUCUGGGGAAAGGCACAGGGCAGCAGAUGGGGAGCCAGACAGGACGGGAAGGAUGUAUCAUCACCGUCGGACACUCUCCCUGGACACCAAAGACUCCUGUGAUCUGCUGGAGUUGGCCUCAGUCCCAUCUGUCCACAGAGUGACCCAUAAGCUAGGAGCAGCUUCUGGGGCCAGUGAGCAUCAAGAUUGCAAUGGCAAAAUGCCCACUAUUGCCAAGGAGAUCUUCCCAAAGAUGAACAACCGCAAGGACCGGGGAGAGGAUGAUGACGAGAUAGAUUAUACCCUGUGCUUUCGCAUCCGGAAGAUGAUGGAAGUCUAUAAACCAGACUGGUGUGAAUUACGGGAAGACUGGUCCAUAUAUCUCUUCUCUCCACAAAACAGGUUUCGCCUCCUCUGCCAAACCAUCAUUGCUCACAAGCUCUUUGACUACGUUGUGCUGGCCUUCAUCUUCCUAAACUGCAUCACCAUUGCCCUGGAGAGACCGCAGAUUGAACACAGAAGCACGGAGAGAAUCUUUCUCACUGUGUCCAACUACAUUUUCACAGCAAUUUUUGUAGCCGAGAUGACACUGAAGGUUGUCUCUCUAGGCCUGUAUUUUGGGGAUCAGGCUUAUCUCCGCAGCAGCUGGAACAUCUUGGAUGGCUUCUUGGUCUUCGUGUCUAUCAUUGACAUCGUAGUCUCAGUGGCCUCUGCUGGUGGUGCCAAAAUCCUGGGGGUGCUGCGAGUCCUCCGGCUGCUGCGCACCUUACGUCCCCUCCGAGUCAUCAGCCGAGCCCCUGGCCUGAAGCUGGUGGUGGAGACACUAAUUUCUUCCCUCAAGCCCAUAGGAAACAUUGUCCUCAUCUGCUGUGCUUUCUUCAUCAUCUUUGGCAUCCUGGGUGUGCAGCUCUUCAAGGGCAAGUUCUACCAUUGCCUGGGAGUUGACAUCAGGAACAUCACCAACCGCUCUGACUGCAUGGCUGCCAACUACAAGUGGGUGCACCACAAGUAUAACUUCGACAACCUGGGACAGGCUCUGAUGUCCCUCUUUGUUCUGGCUUCCAAGGAUGGCUGGGUCAAUAUUAUGUAUAAUGGACUAGAUGCUGUGGCUGUUGACCAGCAGCCGGUGAUCAACAACAACCCCUGGAUGCUCCUCUACUUCAUCUCCUUUCUCCUCAUCGUCAGCUUCUUUGUGCUCAACAUGUUCGUGGGUGUGGUGGUGGAGAACUUCCACAAGUGCCGGCAACACCAGGAGGCCGAGGAGGCACGACGGCGGGAGGAGAAACGCCUACGCCGCUUGGAGAAGAAGCGAAGGAAGGCGCAGCGUUUGCCGUACUAUGCUACCUACUGCCCCAUCCGCCUCCUUAUUCAUUCGGUCUGCACCAGCCACUAUCUGGACAUCUUCAUCACUUUCAUCAUCUGCCUCAACGUGGUCACUAUGUCCUUGGAGCACUACAACCAACCUGUGUCCCUGGAGACCGCUCUCAAGUACUGCAACUACCUGUUCACCACUGUCUUUGUGUUGGAGGCAGUCCUCAAGCUGGUGGCAUUCGGUCUGCGGCGAUUCUUCAAAGACAGGUGGAACCAGCUAGAUUUGGCCAUUGUGCUGCUGUCUGUCAUGGGCAUCACGUUGGAAGAGAUUGAAAUCAAUGCUGCUCUCCCAAUUAACCCCACUAUCAUCCGCAUUAUGAGGGUGCUGCGCAUUGCCCGGGUCCUGAAGCUACUGAAGAUGGCCACAGGAAUGCGAGCACUGCUGGAUACAGUUGUUCAAGCCCUGCCACAGGUGGGAAACCUUGGACUGCUUUUCAUGCUCCUCUUUUUCAUCUACGCUGCUCUAGGAGUGGAGCUCUUUGGAAAACUGGUAUGCAAUGAUGAGAACCCCUGUGAGGGCAUGAGCCGCCAUGCUACCUUUGAGAACUUCGGGAUGGCCUUCCUCACACUGUUCCAGGUGUCCACGGGUGACAACUGGAAUGGGAUUAUGAAGGAUACCUUGCGUGACUGCAGCCACGAUGACCGGAGCUGCCUCAGCAACCUGCAGUUCAUCUCCCCACUGUACUUUGUCAGCUUUGUGCUCACAGCCCAGUUUGUCCUCAUCAAUGUGGUGGUAGCUGUGCUCAUGAAACAUCUCGACGACAGCAACAAGGAGGCCCAGGAGGAUGCAGAGAUGGAUGCGGAGAUUGAGCUGGAAAUUGCACAUGGGCUGUGCUCCCGCAAGUCAGGCUCUUCAAAUUCAGGACAGGGAAAAGGAGCAGGAACAGGAGGAGGUGGUGGGAGAACAGAUCCUGAAGGACGUCUGUGCAUGAGAUGUUACUCUCCAGCACAGGAGAACUUAUGGCUGGACAGUGUCUCUUUAAUUAUUAAGGACUCCUUCGACGGGGAGUUAAUGAUCAUCGAUAACCUAUCGGGCUCCGUCUUCCAUCAUUACUCCUCGCCGGCCAUGUGCGAGAAGUGUAACCAUGACAAGCAAGAGGUCCAGCUGGCUGAAAUGGAAGCAUUAUCCCUCAACUCAGACAAGUCCUCUUCCAUCCUUCUAGGAGAUGAGUCAGACAUUCGCAGCACUUCUCAGCUGAGUCCUGAGGAGAUCAAGAAGGAUGGCCAGGACAGCCCUGACUCCAAUGGGGUAGGAGAUCUGGAGGAAUGCCUGCUCCCAGUAUCCAGUGCAGAUGGCUCUACAAACCCAGACAGUUACCUGUGUGAAAUGGAAAAAACUCCUUUUAACUCAGUCCAGUCUUGGCUAAAGCAUGAAAGUACCAAAGUUCCUCCCAGCCCUUUCUCUCCAGGUGCGUCUUGCCCUCUGUUACCUGUGCCAGCAGAAUUUUUUCACCCAGCCAUCUCCACCACCCAGACAGGACCUGAAAAAGUCUCAUGUCCACACAACCUUCCCAAGAUCUCUCUGCAAGGCUCAUGGGCAUCACUGAGGUCUCCGAAUGUGAACUGUUCACUUAUUCAUCAGGCCCCCGAGAGCGACACCUCCCUGGACAGCCGGAGCAGCAGCUCGGCGGGCAGCCUGCAGACCACGCUGGAGGACAGCCUCAACCUCAGCGACUCUCCCCAGUGUGCCCUGGACCUCCCAGUUGCUCUCUGCCCAGUGCCAGCCACUGGCAGCCAAAGACCCCUGGCAGACCCCCUGUCCCCUGCCUCCCGCUGCCGGAGCCUGCGGGGCCGGGGGCUUUUCAGCCUGCAAAGCAUCCGUCGGCAUCAGCGCAGCCACAGCAGCGGCGGGAGCACCAGCCCUGGCUGCACCCACCACGACUCCAUGGACCCCUCAGAUGAGGAGGGGGCAGGCAGCAGCCUGCGGGGGGGUGGCAACAACAGCGAGCCCUCCGAGACCCUCAGCAGUCUCUCUCUGACCUCCCUCUUCUCACCCCCACCACCUGGGCUGACACUGGUGAAGAAGUGCAGCAGCACCAGCAGCCUCCACGCCAGCCCCUCACCCCGCCGCCCCACCACCCACCACACCAAGCCCUUCUACACCGUUGACCCCCAGGGCUUCCUCUCAAUGCCCUCCUGGGUGACGGACUUCUGCAAGGACACCCCCUCACCCGGGGAAGGAGAGGAGCCGGACAGCCCUGGCAGACUGGGGACAGGGGAUGGUGGCUCCCCGCUCCCAUCUGAGCUGGAGCUGGGUGAUGGAGUCAGUAAGAGGAACAGAUGAGGGUUCCUGGGGCACAGGGAGGGAGCAUUCAGCAGCUGGCACGGGGAGCAUGUUUCACUGGCUUCUCCCCAGCAGCAAUUCCAAAGGAUUUGCAAGAAAAAGAACCAGGCAAACAAAAAUUUAUAAAUAUAUAUAUAUACAUAUAUAUAUAUAGAAUAAAUACUCUGGUACCGUACCUCAGAGGUGUGGGAGAGUGCAAGCAAUACGGGAACAGUCUUGCCUGAGGGCAAGACCUGGACCUCCACCGCAGAGACUAUAGUGACAAGGAAAGGUCAUGGGGCUGGGAGGAAUGGGACCCUCCAGCCAGGUGACUGCCCCAUGGCAGCUGUGUAGUUGUAUACAUAUACAUAUAUAGAGAGAUGGAUUUAUUUAUUUUUUUUACUGAGAGAUUAUGAAUUUCAGAAAGUGCUAAGGAGGAACAUGCCCACGGGGGAUGAAGGAGGUGCUAUGCCAAACAAGGAGUGUGGGGGCAAAGGGAAGGGAAAGCAGGAUGAGCAGCAAAGGAAGAGCAUCUGGGGCUUGCCUUGCCUGCUUCUGGGAACUUCCUUAUUGUCCAUGCUUCCAUUUCAGACAUUAAAAAUCGUGGGCCAGAUCUUCAGGUUGAGCAUAAAUUGGUAAAACACGAUCGUGCGCUUCUGUUGGUGUAAAGCAGCAGAGCUCUGGCUUGAGGUGGAUUCAUGCUGAUUUACAGCAGGUGAAAAUCUGGCCCCAGCAGCAGGGAAAAGCAAACAGCUAUGGAGCACAGGAAAUGUUUUGAGGUGAAAAGCUUUGCUUUGAAGGGAAUGUGUGAACGCAGCAGGUGUGCUCAUGGGAGGAGGGGAUGGAGGCUACAUGUUGUAUUUUUGUCGUUGUCAUGUUGGUUUUGUCUUUUUCACUUUCCAAGGAAAGAAAACUGCUAAGGAAAAAAGUUACAAGAUACGUGGGGAAAUCUGGAGCAGUAGAGGCAGAGUGAUAGGGGAGGAGGAGGUAAAAAUGGGAGAGGAAAUCAAACUUUUCCCUCUUUCAUUUGCAGUAAUUGUGAUAUUUUAUUUUAGAAGCCCAAAGGUGCAAAAACAAUCAUUAGAGAAACCUAUCUGUUAUUUUUGUAUCUAUAGCUAUAUAUAUAUAUAUAUAAAGAGAACAAAACCUAGAAUUUUAAAAAAGACAAAUAAAAGCAAAGGGAGCUUCAGCAACACAAAAUGUAGUCAGUCCCCUGGCUGAGGUCUAACCCUGUUCCAAGUCCCAGCAGGAAGACCCUGCAAGAAUAUCUUCGGCUCUGUGGCGGGUCUGCCUCCUCUCCAGCUCUCUCUCUCUCCUCUUCAUCCUCUGGCAUUUUCUGAUUCACAUCAGUGCAGCUGGGACCAGAGUCCUACUUAUUGCCAACUGGGGACAUGGAGAAGAGGGAAUAUUGGUGCGAGUGAAUGUGUGUGCAUGCAUGCAAAUGUAAGGAUAUUUAUGUGUGUUGUGUCCAGGCUAACUGGCUCAUUAGCUGGAGAGACAGGGGAGAGGGAGGAGGAGAACUGCAGCUCUCCUUGCCUCUGCCUUGCAGGGGAGUGUGAGUGGGGAGGACUGUGUUGUGGAGGGCAAAAGCAGACCAACUCCCAUGACCUGCUUCAGGAUCCAGGAUUUGAUCCAGCAGACGUGAUCCUCUCCCAGCAUGGUUGCAGCAAGUCCUCUGGAGGCUACAUCUCUCCUUGCCUUUCCAGUGGUACGACUGCAUGUCUCUCCUUCCUGACCAGGUCCAGCCUGCAUCUCCUCCUGCUGCAACUCCAUGCUUUCAUACUUUUCCCAGUAGGAAAACUAGCAACCCAGGGGGCAUAAAGAGUCUGGGAUGUCACCUACCUCCUCAGAGAAGCCCCACAAGGUGUGUCAGACAAGGCAAGUGAGAAGGGCAGCAGGAAGAUUAUAGCAGUCCAAUAGAUAUGGGGAGGUUUGGAGGCUGGUGUGCUGCUAAGCAAAGGAGCUGGGCUCCCUUGGGGAUUCCUGUCCCAUUUUUUUUCAUUAGAUAAGAGAGCCCUGAAGCCCUCCCAGAGCUCUCCCAGCUGGCAUUAUGAAGCAUUGUGAAGUGGGCAGUACAAAACAGAUGUUCUGGUUUUAUUGUGAGCUGUCUGAUUUUUAAGCAACUGCUGCAUCUUACAAACCGGGGCUGUAAACAGUGAGCGCGUCAAACGGGACCAACAGCCAGGAAAAGGAUAAUUACUGCGUGGACUUAAUUUAUUUGCUGGAAGGAGUGUAUGCUGUGUUGAAAAUGUGCACACUGACUGCAGGGAGGUCAGGCCUGCGAGGAGAGGGCAGGAGAGCCUGGGUCCUUGUCCUUGCAGAAAGGAUGCCAAUCCAGAUUUAUUAAAGCAAUAAUAAGGGUCUUUCAAUGUUUUUUAUUAUUAUUAUUUUUGCACUGGUUGUUUUUUGGGUGAGUUGCCCCUGCCUGCUCUCCUAUGGGCAGAGAGGAAAGAUAAGACACAUUUUCACAUCCUCAGGGAAGGAGGGCAGUCAGUCCCCAAACAGCUGAACAACAGACUUGGGCUGCACGAUACUUAAACCCAAUCCCAGAGCUGGCUUUGAAGCCAGAGGUAGGGCUUACCAAAAAAAAAACCCCAAACAGCUGAAACCCAUCCAAACUCCAGACAACCCAAUGCACAAGUGUUUUCUGGAAGCUGGUCAUAAGGGAACUUGUAGGUGGGACUCCAAGCUGUCCUGGCAGUCAUGUGGGCUGUGAAACAUUUCAGCUGAAGAACGGGAGAGAGGUCAAGAUUGAUGCAGAGCUGGAAGCUAUCCCAGUAAUCAGUCAUGAUAAAAGUAUGGCCUUCACUUGGGAUAGUUGGGAAGGAAGAAGGGUCAAAAGAGGUUGGGACAGUGGGAAAUAUGGUGAUGGCAGUGACCUCACCAGGUGACUUAGAGCCCCUAGGGUGGAUGUUAUCACAGCUUAUUCUUGGUUGUCCUUGGAAGUGACUUGCAAGGAAAAACUUUGAUUUUGUUACAGUCCUUCAGCUCUGCACAAGGUCUCCCCUUAGCCUCCCAAUGGGGUCGUGCCACAGCUCCCACCACCCUGGAAAAGGGCUUUCACCCUCUGCCAUAUGACUUGAGCAAAAGGCUUCUGGCUUAGGAAAGAGGUUGCCAUGGAAACAGAAGACUAGGUUAUCUUUAGAGAAUAUUUUCUCUCUCUCUUUUAAUUAUUUACUAACUGUUUGAAGAAGAAGGAGGAAACAACCAUCCUUCUUGAAGAGGAAGCAGAGUACUAAAACCCAGGAAAUGCCUCAUGGUUUUUGCUAGGGAUUUCUGCAGUGGGGCAGGUUUUGCAGUUUCUCCUGGCAAGAACUGCCUUUCCCAGCUAUGCCUGGCUGUUGGCACCAAGAAAAACCUCUGUCAUCACCCACCCACCUCUCAGACAACACCUGAGGGCAGCCCAGGAUUUGCCCAGGAGUCUUUUCAGCCUCCUGUAUCCCCCACUUCCCACAGUGGACUAUAUCACAGGCAGCUCCUGCCAGAAGCCUCUUUGCCUCUUGUCAGCCCGAGAUCUCUCUGUUUUGUCCCACUGCCAUGUUACCCUUCUGCCUGUCUCCCCCACGUCUGCCACUGAAAGCAGCUCCUCUCCCUGCUCAAUGCUGGGCUUCUCCACAUGCUCACACACCACUACUGUGUCCUGACCCGGCUGCUGCUCUAUCAAGCUGUGCCUACUUAGCUCUUCACAUCUUGCCUUGCCAGCCAGUUCCUCUAAUGCUUUUCAAUAUUUCACAGAAUCAUAGAUUACUAGGGGUUGGAAGGGACCUCUGGAGAUCACCUAGUUCAACCCUGCCACAGCAAGUUCACCUAUAGCAGGUUGCACAGGAUGGUGUUCAGGAGGAGUUUUAAUAUCUCCAGAGAUGGAGACUCCACAACCACUCUGGGCAGCCUGUUUCAGUGCUCUGCUGCCAUCAAGUAAAGAAAUUCCUCCUCAUGUUUAGGUGGAACUUCGUAUGUUCAAGUUUGUGCCCAUUACCUCUUGUUCUGUCCUUGUCACUGUGCAACACUGAAAAAAGACUGUCCCCAUUGUCCUGACACCCACCCUGUAAGUAUUUAUAAGCAUUGUUAAGAUCCCCUCCUCAGUCUUCUCCAGAGUAAGAAGACCCUAGUUCUUCAGCCUUCCCUCAUAAGAGAAAUGCUCUAGUCCCAUAAUCAUCUUUGUAGCCCUUUGCUGUACCCUCUCCAGCAGUUCCCUGUCCUCCUUGAACUGGGGAGCCCAUAACUGGACACGGUACUCCAGACGCAUCCUUGCCAGGGCACAGUAGAGGGGCAGGACCUGCUUGCCAUACUUUUCUUGAUGCACCACAGGAUUCCAUUGGCCUUCUUGUGCACAUUGCCAGCUCAUGAUCAUCCUGUUGUCCACCAGAACUCCCAGGUCUUUUUCCACAAAGCUGCUCUCAGCCCCUAAUCUGUACUGAUACAUGGGGUUAUUCCUCCCUAGGUGCAGUACCCUACACUUGCCCUUGUUGGAUAUCAUGAGGUUUCUCUCUGCUCGACUCUUCAGCCUGUCCAAGUCAUGCUGGAUGGCAGUAGAGCCCUCUGGUGUGUCAGCCACCCAUCCCAGUAUUGUGUCAUGAGCAAACUUGCUGAAGGUACAUUCUAUCCCUUCAUCCAGGUCAUUAAUGAAUAUGUUGAACAGGACUGGACCCAGUACCAACUCUUUGGAAACACCGCUUGUUAUGGACCUCCAGCUAGAUUCUGUGCCACUAAUCACAACCCUCUGAGCUCUAUCUUUCAGCCAGUUCCUCUGAAUUGUUUUUUCUAAGCCCUCCUUGUACACUUUCCCCUCUCACCACAGCCUCUGGGCCCACUGGUGUGGUUUAUGGCGUCUGCAGAGCAGAGCCCAUCCUGAGUGCAUCCCACCUUCUCUUGCACACAAAAUCCUCACCAGCUCCAACCUGCCUAUGGAAAUCACACUCUUAUUUAGUGUUUCUCCUGCACCCAGAGGUUCUGUCUCAGCAUUGCCAAGUGAACAAAGUGUACCACUAAGGGUACUUCUUGUGGCUUCUUCAUUUGUCUUCCUUACACCACUUGCCACAAGGCUCCUUAUGAAAUUACACAUAUGGGAAGCCAUUGCCAGCAUGACCACUGUUUUCUUUCAUGGGAAGCUGGCGAUGUGGUGCAUUUGGGAUUGGGGUUUUGUUGUUGUUUUUCUGGCGGGAAGGGGAGUUAUGAGGCCAGGUUCUUUGAAGGACUGAGCACCUCCAGGUUUCUGUGACAUUAAUGCAAGUUGAGCAGGCCUGGUGUAAAGAAAAGUGAAAGUGUCAUUGAGCAAGAAAAUAAUUUUUUUUCAGACCUAAGAAACUCAAAGCAGAACACUUGGACAUCUUCAAGGAAUUUUCUUCUUUCUUUUUGGCUGAUAACCAAACUGUUCCUGACAUAAUGACCAUCUUGGGUCCAAAGUGCCAUAGGACAUCACAGAGCCACCCUCUGCCACCCUACAGGGCACAGAAGAUGUGUCCCCAGGCAGCAAGGUGCUUGCAUGAUGCUGUGGCAGAUGUGCCCUGCACACCCACCAUGCAAAGAGAUCGAAAGGUGUCAUAGAGAUGGCUGAGGAGCAGUAAAUUUGUUUUAGCCAACACACUUCCCAUUGUCAACUGAAAACUCAACAUUUAUUAUGAAAGACAUGGAGGUAAGCAGCUUUGGUUUGCUUGGUUUCAUCACAAGAAUUUCACAGAGAGGAGGAAAAUUAAACACCACUGCUUUUCUAACUAGUUGUGAUACAAAACACAGUGAACCUUGCAGUAAGUGCUCAGUACUUUGCAAAGUCAGACCCCUGGAUGUAUGCCACCCAGUGAAGUUUAUCCACGUGUGAUCAGGCUUUCCAAGUAUUCCCUUCCCUGGUCUUCAUGAAUAUUUUAUUUUAUGAGAUCUGUCUUACUCCUCAGGUUUUUUUCAUGUUAUUUUUGUUCCUUGCUAGCCACUGACUUCCAGUAGGAACUCACUAUCUCAGUAUCUUUGAAUUAUCAUUAAUUUCUUCCAUCUCAUUUGGACAUGUUUCUUUUCUAGCACUUGUUCUUUCCCCUGCAUAUUUCCAGGCCCCCUGUUUAUUUCUGCUAAGAUCCUGUCACACUUUGAGCUGGAACUGGCAAUGUAAUAUUCAGUAUUUAUGCCUCCUGGCCACUUUGAGAGCAGAUGUGCUCAAUUUACAAGUAAAGAGCCCUCACUCCCACCAAAAUCAGCAUCACAGCCUCUGCUUUUGCUCCAACAGUAGUCACAGCAAUAAGGGCUCUGCCCUUUUGCUCAUGCUGGCGAUGGGAUCUUAUGGCCAGGUAUGUCCUCAGCAUCAUGUUGCAUAUCAUGAGCUGCUGAGCAUCUUUCCUGUUUGUGACAGCAGAAGGAAGAGGGAGGAUCCAACACCACAUAAAGUUGCUCCCUUUAGCAGCUGGGUUGUUGCCAUGUAAGCCACAGCAGGCUCCAAGUCACACUCCCCCUUCACUGCACAGUGCUGCUGAGCCUAGAGGAACGCAAAUCUCUUUCCUCAGUUUCAUCUGUAGUCACCAAAGUUAACAGAUAUGGUUCUCUCUUUGUCUCAUGGCCCAUGGAGCAGAGUGAUAAAGCAGGAAAAGCACUGUUUUCCCAAGGACAUUUUCCUAGAGACCAGAGUGCUUAAACCCUCCAGAUAAGACCAUUUUAGCUAUCUAUAUUAUUUCUGAAAACUUUGAAAAAUGCCAUGGAUUGGCCCUGACCACUGCGCAGGUCAUCCUGCAGCUCUUCCCCUCCCUUUCCUCCAGCGUAUUCAUCCUGGAUGGAAUUCUUGCACUAUAAGUUACCUGUUAGUGCUGAAUGCUGUGUGAUGUGACUUGCUGCCAGUCAUUGCCUUGCUGCCACCUUCUUCAGUCAGAAACAUCAGUAUGGGCUAAGAUGCUGCUUCAAAACAAGCCACCAGUGAGACCACGGGCUGUGUGGAUGGCAAUCCAAAGAGAAAGUAACUUUCAGUGAAACAUCUUUAAUCCAAAGUUUUGCUCUUAAAUUGCAAAGUGCCUUCUUAGGAGAGCGCUACCCACCCUCACACAAGGAGGAGAAGCAUCAUGCAAGACCCCAAGGUACGUGGUCUAAGCACAGGCAGGUAUUUUAGCACCCUGCAGGCUCUCAGUAUAAGGCUUGCUUUCAAGUUAUCACAGCUUUGUACAUGAAGCACCAGGUGGGCUUUGCUUUAAAACUACCACCAUUGCCUUUAGCUGUAUCUAAUAAUUGCUGGGAUGACAACAAUGAAAGCUGAUGACCCCAUCUCUCCUUUCAAUUACAACUUCACAAACACAGUUAAUUUAUUAUCUCAUUCAAGCAGUUCUUCUCCCACCUCCUUAUCUGAGCUAUAUGAUGGAUUUGUUUCAAGAUAUGAUCUACACACAUAAAUACUACUCACAUUCUAGAUAAUAAUAGAUAUUUCAAAGAAAGAGUCAAGUGCAAUGAGAAUGGGGUGGCAUGGGUAAAAUAUCUGCUUUUGUGUGUAUAUUCCCUCUACAUACAUACAGCCACCCCUCCCUGUACAAUUAUAUUUCUUACCACAGUCCUUAAAAAUUACCUUCCAUUGAAUGUAGAGUUAAUAACAUGUGGGAGACUGUUAAUCGUCAUUGGCCACUGAUUAGUUUCUGCUGUUAUAGUAAGCUGGGGUAUAGGAAAUAAAUCAGGAAGGGGGGGAAAAAAAAAAAAGAAAAA